GAGAUGAUGAGUCCGACGAUGACAGCAGCGACGACGGCGAGGAGGCCAGCCGCAUCUUGAAGAAGGUGUGCUUUCCCGAAGUGGGGAAGAAACCUCAGGAUUCGUGCAUGCUUGUCGCCACAUGCCUGCAAAAGCGAUCCUCCAAGCUGACUCCUCUGCUGGACAAGUUCGAGCGGAUGCAGAAGCAAGGACCUCUGACCACUGCACAAACCAAGUACAUGGAGAGCAUGCGAACGAUCGUGGACAAGCUGACUGAGUUGGAGGACACGCUGACGACCAUGUACAGCAACGGGGGACCAGAAGAAGAUGCGAGCCCACUUCCAGACCGCGAAGACGAGGCGGAGAUGAUCUUCGAACGAUCCAAGAACUUCAAGCUGCCCCAGAACGUCGCCGAGCCCCUGAAGCAGGAGCCGAAGGUGAAAGCUAAGCCAAAGCAACCUGGCAAGGCCAAGGCGGCACCCAAGAAAAAUACGCACGGCCACGGUGGUGAUGAUGACGAGGAUGAGAAGCCGCCAGGUUCCGAAGAUGAGAAGUUUGGCCGAGCGGCACAGUAUGCUGAGAUGCUCGGUGAGGGUGUCAGGAUCCUCAGAGAAGGUAGGGCCACUGCCAAGGACACCAAGCGAUGCAUCCGACAGAUGCAGCACCCGACCGAGCCGGAGGAGAAACGGAGACAGGCCCCGAACGAGGAGAGAGAUUGCCAUAGGCUUUUUAAACGUUGGGGUUUAUCUUUGCCUGUGCCGAUAACCGAAAAGACCUUCGUGCUGGACGAUUCAGAGACAGCUGAUACUGCUUAUAUACGAGUCGAAGACUGGUUGCUGUAUCUCUUGAAACGGAAUCGGUCGUUGCUCGCUGGGGGCAACGACUCUUUGGAAUUUCAGCUGCAAGCCUACUGGAUGGCUUACAGACAGACACACAGCACCCACCCGGUGUUCGAGCGAGGGCUGGACCUCGGGACCACGAUUCCAUUGGCUUUUUAUUCAGAUGAAGGCAAGGGCCCGAAGCGAGGCAACUACGUAGUGGCCGCCAUCGAGUCGCCGAUAGGUUUGCAGGACGUGGCCGAUGACUUUACUUGCACUUGCAAAGAAGAUGUGGAGAAGGCGCCGCAGCAGUUUGUUCCGGGCCGGCAGGCAGCCGGCCCGUACACGCCGAUGGAGGAGGCCGCCCUGAAGCAAAACCACACGUGCAAAGGCCACUCCUACCUCACCAGACAUGUGCUUUUUGGCCUCCCAGAUUGGGUUUACAAACACUAUCCGGAGGUCUUGGAAAAGAUGACCAACCAGGUCGCUGACGAGCUCUCGAGGCUUUUUACAUCAGGCCCGGAGGUGAACGGGAAAGUGUAUACGGCUUGCCUUGUUGGGAUCAAAGGCGAUAUGAAGCAAAUCGCUGAGAAAAUUGCUUAUCUCAACAGAUACUAUGCCCGAAUGGGCCCGGUGAACUACAACGGUGUCUGUGCACAUUGUAUGGCCGGUACGAGCCCCACUCUGCCUUUCGAUGAGCUUUCGCAUGAGCCACAAUGGGCUUCGACGCUUUAUCAGCAGCGACCUUGGGACUCAACUCCUGCUUUGUGCUCUGUGCCGCACGACCCCGUUGCACCUGAAAAAGUAUUGAAAUACGACAUAUUUCAUUGCUUUAAGGUUGGCUUGGGCCGGGAUAUCUGUGGGUCAGUGGUUUUACUUGCCCGCCUUGGUUAUUACGACGAUCCUGAUGGCAGCGAUGACUCUGAGAGAAAUAUCCAGGCGAGGCUGAACCGGGCCUAUCAGCAUUUCAAACUUUGGAGAUUGGCAUCGGGCAAGACGGCUGCUUUGAGAUAUUUUUCGAAAGGGCUGUUUAGCCUCAAGAACCUCACGGAUUUUGCUUGGUCGAAUACAAAGGGGAGCGAUACGACAUUGCUUUUGCAAUACAUCAAAUUCUUUGUCACGAUACUUUUGCAGAGACCAAGCUUGCCUCGCAGCCAUGCCCACUUGUUUCGGGCUCUCCGGAAGACGAUUACAGAGUCCCAAGAGGCCUUCGAGAUUAUGUACUCUCAUGGGCUAUGGCUUCGCCGACCGUGUGCACAGCAGCUGUACUUGAGACUGAUGUCGGUGCUUUCGGGCUACCAGUACGUCGCCAAGCAGGCCCUGACGAUGGGCUUGACUUUUUAUUCACUGAAACCGAAGUUUCAUGCCAUCCAUCAUUUGGCAUAUGAUCUCCGUGUAGCAUUGCUGGCCGAGGCAAAGCUGAUCCCCAACCCUAUUACUUGGAACUGUGAAAUGGGUGAGGACCUGAUCGGCCGAAUCUGUUCUUUGUCGCUGAAGGUAUCGGUCACGACGAUCAACAAACGAGUGUUGCAGCGACACUUCUUGAAAAAGGCUGCUUUAAUCCGGAGGCAUCGACAGGAUCGAUCCAAACGAAAUCUGCGGCUCUGA